AAACCUUCCCUAACACCCAUUGAUUUUGGAGAGAUGGUGAAAAAACGGUUCGACAGCAAUAGCGGCAACAAAAGACAUUAGACCAAACACCGAUAGGGAAAACUCAUUCGCCUUAUCUUAAUCUAGAUGAGUUUCGUAAUAUUUAUGAGGCAAGAGAAGGGUGGGAUUGCAUCAAAUCGGCAAGCUAACAUCACGUACCGGCUUGAGCCUGAUGGAACAUCAUAAAAUUAUGCUUCAGCAGCUAAGGGUGCAAAGGAUGGCCAGGUGGCUCACAAUAAGGAAGCAAAAGGCGCUAGCAACAUAUUGGGGAAGGACCAUGAUAAAUAUCUGAGAAACCCGUGUUCUGUCGUGGGAAAAUUUGUCAUUAUUGAGCUGGCAGAGGAAACUCUCGUCGACACAGUCAAAAUUGCAAAUUUGGAACAUUAUUCCUCGAACUUCAAGGAAUUUGAGUUGUCCAGGAGUUUGUUUUAUCCCACUGAGACAUGGCCCCCAAUAGGAAAAUUUGUUGCUGCAAAUGCAAAGAAUGCUCAAAGCUUUAAGCUUCCCGAACCCAAAUGGGUAAGGUAGUUAAUUAAGUUGAAUUUAUCAUGAAGUCAUUACGGGUCGGAGUUUUAUUGCACAUUGAGUGUUGUGGAGGUAUAUGGCGUUGAUGCAAUCGAGCGGAUGCUUGAAGAUCUCAUAGUGGCUUCCGAGCAAUCUGCAACUGUUAAAUUACCUGACCCUAAUUCAACUGUGUUGCCUUCUUCAAUACCAGAAUCAGAAAUAAGUGAACAGAAAAUAGAUGGUGAAGUUCAAAAGGCAGUUCAUACUUCCAGUCAAGGGAUCGAAGGCAUCGACGAACCACAGAAGCCUAACUUGCACCUCAAGAGUCCUGUCACUAGCAACAUCCCAUAUCCUGUAAUGGAAAUUAGACAACAGCCAAAUGGAAGAAUUCACGGUGAUGCAGCACUAAAGAUCUUAAUGCAGAAAGUGAGGUCACUUGAGAUAAACUUAUCAGUCCUGGAGGAAUACAUCAAGGAACUGAACGAAGACAAGGGGACGUAGUGCCCGAACAUGAG